AUGAAGAGAAGUAAAUUAACCCCUAAAAUAUCUAAAUGUGCAAGUAGUUUUUCAAUUGCAUCUCAUUGUCGUCAUCUUCAUCUGGAGAAUAUAACAUCUGAUUUUGGAAUAUAUCAACGGUUGAAUUCAAUUGAUUUACAAUGUGAUAGUACUGGUUUAUUUUACUGGGUAGCUGAAAGAAAAUUCCCUGAUAUAUGCUUAACAAUAAAGGAGAUAAUUCAAUGUCAGUUUAAAAAUCAUAUUAUUGUAUGUAUUACUAAGCAACCUAAAGGUAUCAAAUUAGGUUUAGCUAGUUUUGUACUCCCACUAAGAUCAACAUCUAUACUCGUCAAAGAAUUAAAGCCAAUCAUAAUUAUAUGUGAAGCUAAAGUUAUUGAAAAAGAAUGGCGAUCACUUAAAAAUCUUCCAAGUAUUUAUGUUUUAUCAGGAUCACCUUUGUACAGAGCUAAUCUUCGAGCUGCUGGGGUUGAAACUUGUUCAACAUGUGUUGUACUUUCUUGUAUGUAUGAUACUUCUGGAAGACCAUCACUGAUGGUCGACAAAGAAAGUAUUCUGUGCACUCUUAAUAUUCGUAAAUUAUUGGCUGAGGCAAAGAAAACAGACAACACUGAUCAAAAUCAUCCUAUGCUUGUAACUGAACUUUAUGAUCUUCAUAAUGCAAGCCUUUUAUCAACUACUUCUAAGCAUGGAUCAACUUACUUCAGUCCACUUAUUGCUUCAGGAAAUAUUUUCGAAUCGAACGUUUUAUGCACUCUUUCUUCGAAUGUAUUAUUCGAUCCAACUGUUAUAACGUUUAUCGAAACCAUUCUAGGUAGUGGACCAGGUUAUGAAGUGGAAAAAGUAUUCACUGUUGAUAGUGGUUUCUUUCCAGGUUUACGAGGUCAACCAGUCAGUAAUUUAAUUUUCCCAGAAUACUUAACUGGUAAUACACCAAGUCAUAUCUAUGUUAAAAAUGAAAAGAAUCAUUUAUAUUCAAAAGACGUACAAAAUACUUUAUCAACAAUUGAAUCAGAUUAUGAUUCAGUGACUACUGAACAAAAUAAAGCUUUUUUAAAGGAUAACAAUCUAUUGAAACAUUUAUUGUAUUUUGAUCCAGAAUUCAGAUCAAAUCAUAUGAAUGAUUGUUAUCUAGAAAAUAAAUGUAAAAGUUUUUUGAGUUAUAAAACUGAAACAGGUGAUGCAGUUACUGUUCACUUAUCUCAGCUCCUUAUGAUUCCACUCAAAGAAUUGGAUGUUGAACUUCACAAUUUGGCAUUUCAGAAAAACUUAACUUUCAGUCAGUUAUUUCACACUGUGUUAGUGAAUACUGGAACAAUAAUAAUUGGUUUAUAUCGUCGUAUUGAAGAUAGUAAUAAUGUGAAUGAAGAUGUAACAUAUGAGGAUUCAAGUGAAGUGAACGCGAAAAUCGAACGAUUUGUUUACACACUACCAGAUGCUAUAACACCUAUAUAUCCUGAUGAUAUGGUUUACUGUCUUACAGCUAUGACAGAAAAUCUAAUCACCGAACAACAGAUAUUAUAA